AUGACAGCUAAACCUGCAGCUUCGAGUGCCAACACUGUUCAAUCAAAAGAAGCUGGUAACACUGAAUCUUCUGGAGCUGAAAAGGCUGGAUCAAGUAAUGGAUCUUCCACUCCAUCUGAAUCCGCUACUGCUGCAACCACCUCAGCUUCUGAUGCAGACACCGCUUCUGGUGUAACACCAUCAGCUGAAACUGAAACUGAAACUGAAAAUGCAGACAAGUCUGAAAAGUCUGACAAAUCCGACAAAGCUGACAAAGCUGACAAAUCCGACAAAGCUGACAAAUCAGCUUCCAAGGCAGCUCCAGUCAAACCAACUUUAGCCCCUGCACCAAUACCUACCACAUCAGCAUGGGGAUCGAUAUCCAAUGACGUAGCAGAUUUGAGUAUACGUGACCCAAAAAAGACACCAUUGUUGGGUGAACAAUCGCCGUCUACUAAAAGCCAGCCCAAGAAAUUUAUCAAGCAGAAUACCACCAAAUGGGUUCCACUCGAUGUGAAUGUCACUUUACAAUCAAGAAACACUGGUAGCCAGAAACCAAGAAACAAAAAGAGACACAAUAGUAAUGCCGGUGGUGGUAAUGCUGCUUCUAGAGACCAAGCAGGUGGAAAAUCAAAACCAGCUGGCAAGAAAAGAGACGACGCCAAGGCUUCGAAUACAGAGGAUUCUUUGAACGCUGGUGCUUCUGCAUCUGCUUCCACUGCAUCUUCUCAACAGUCCAAUGGUAAAUCUGAAAAAGCUAGUGGAAAAGUCAGUAAUGGCGCCGAGGCACCAUCAACUUCAUCAUCAACAGCAACAACGUCAGCCACCGAAGAAAAAUCCGAGUCUGAAUCUGAUUCCAAAUUAGCUAGCGCUAAGCAAACUGAAUCUGAAGACAAAGAUGCUUCAAGUGCUGCUUCUGCAGCUACUGCUACCGAUGCCUCAACAGAUGGUGAUAAUGUUGUUUCUAAUGAAACUUCUAAAACUGCUUCCAAUGAAGAUGCUGCUUCCGAAACAAAACCACAUUCUGAAACAUCGCCUUCACAACAACUUCAACAAAACCAACAUCAACAACAUAAACCAUACAACAACAGACGUUUCAAUCCAAAUUAUAAUGGACCACAAAACGGUUACUCCAAAAGACACCACAACAACAAUCCAAACUUCCAAGGUCAGCAUCAACAGCCAUAUGCACCACGCCCUUACAGGCAACAAAACUACAAGAACAGAUACAAUAACAACAACAACAACCAAAAUGGUGGUGUUUCGGGGCAAAACUUUAACCCACAACAACAGCAUUAUAACAACUAUCAUCCAGCCAUGUACAUGAUGCCAAUGCAAGUUCCUCUGCCAUACCUCGCACAAUCCAACCCUGCUGCUGCUGCCGCUGCCGCUGCUGCAAUGUUGGGUCAACCACAACAACAUCAACCACCAUUUGUCCCAAGUUCACACAAUCAUCACCACCAUCGUCAUCAACACCACCAGCAAUAUAACCCUUCAUCUAGUUCAUCUUCAAUUUCCUCAUCAACGGUGCCACCACCACCAAUCUCACCAGAACAAAGUCCAAAGGAUGCUUUAGUGAAGCAAUUGGACUACUAUUUCAGUGAUGAGAAUUUGAGUAAGGAUUUCUUUUUGAGACAAAAUAUGGAUGUUGAAGGAUGGGUUCCAUUGGACUUGAUUUUGAGUUUCAAGAGAGUCAAGAUCAUCAUCAACCAGGGUGGUAUAAACGUUACUGAAGCUUUGCAAGAUUGUUCUAAUAUUGAAACAAACGAAGAAGGAAACAGAGUGAGACGCAAAGCUUUAUAA